AUGGGCUUACUAAAAUUUGUUCUAGGUGGAGCUGGGGCAUAUGCAGGCAUGAGACUAUAUUUAAACAAAAUAAAGCUUCCUAGUGAAAUCACUUCACCAUUUGAAGAAUAUUGUCAAGGUAAAGGGUAUUUUGUUCAAAAUCAUUGGGUAGAAACCAAGGAUGGAUAUUUUCUUCGUUUAUUUAGGCUUAGUAAGGCAGAAAAUCAGUAUCCAAAUAAAUCCCCAGUCUUAAUUGUGCAUGGAAUGACAGCGAACUCAAAGUGCUUUGUAAUGAACCAAAGUGUUAAGCCUCCUGCUUUUGAAUUAGUAGACAAUGGGCACGAUGUUUGGCUUUUGAAUUGCAGAGGAAACAUUUAUAGCCGACUCCAUAAAACCCUGAGAUAUGAAGACCCAGAAUUCUGGAAUUGGUGUGCUACUCAUAUAGGAGAUUUUGAUGUUCCUGCUACAAUUGAUUAUGUUUUACAUAAAACAGGUCAGAAAAAGCUUAACUACUUAGGCCACUCUCAAGGAUCUUAUGCAGCUAUUCACUGUUUUUCAAUAAACCCUGAAUAUGGUGAUAAGGUUAAUUUAGCAGCAUUAUGGAGUGCUCCUUGCGGAUUUUUAUCAUUAUCUCCUCUACAUCGUGCUAUAGGCAAAUCUUUUGAAAGCUCCAAUAAUCAUGGCCCUAUAGGAAUUUCACUUAAGUCUACAACUAAUUUGAAGCUUGCAGCUGCGUUUCCUUCUGUAACUUUGGCUGUUGGUGAGUAUUUACUUAAAAUGAAGCAUGAAGAUGACUAUUCCAAAUAUUUAUAUUUUUUAAUAGUGAAUACAAUACUUUAUAUAUAAAAUAAAUAAUUUUAUUAUAUUUAUAGACAAAAAAGGUACCAAAUUAUCUUUACAAUUUGGUUGGAAAAACAAGCAGACUGAACAUGAAAUUUUGAAUGCAAAUGGAACAUAGAAAAUCUCCGAUCCCAACAUACUUCGACUAUGGCGAACAAGAAAACCUUAGGCUUUAUGGCAGCAAAGUGCCAAAAUCUCUUGAUUUUGAUAAGAUUAAAUGCAAUUUAGCAAUAUUUCAUGGAAAAUAUGACCAGAUCGCCUCUGUCAAAGAUUUAGAUCACUUAAGAAUGCAGCUUCCAAAAUCAAAAAUCGCGUUUUUCAAAAAUGAUUAUGAUAUCGAUCAUAUGGGAUUCCUAGUCUCAAAAAACCAAAGUCAUGUCAGUGACUUGCUGGGGCUCUUAAAAUAA